GGCGGCGCAGGCGGUGCCCGGAUCUCUUCCGCCGCCAUUUUCUCGCUCGCGCAGGUCUCCGCCGUCUCCGCCGCUCGCUUGAGCAGCCCCGCCGCCCUCGCCCUGCCAUGGAGGACGCGACCGAGAUGAGCGGCGGCCCGGAGGAGUUCGCCGAGGGCUCCAAGAUCAACGCAAGCAAGAACCAGCAGGACGACGGGAAAAUGUUUAUUGGAGGCCUCAGCUGGGACACCAGCAAGAAAGACUUGACAGAGUAUCUCUCUCGGUUUGGCGAGGUUGUGGACUGUACGAUUAAAACAGACCCGGUCACUGGGAGGUCGAGGGGGUUUGGGUUCGUGCUCUUCAAGGACGCUGCCAGUGUGGAGAAGGUGUUGGAACUGAAGGAACACAAACUGGAUGGGAAGUUAAUAGAUCCUAAAAGGGCAAAAGCCUUAAAAGGGAAGGAGCCACCAAAAAAAGUGUUUGUUGGUGGGCUGAGUCCAGAUACAUCUGAAGAACAGAUUAAAGAGUACUUUGGUGCUUUUGGCGAGAUUGAAAACAUUGAGCUUCCCAUGGACACAAAGACAAAUGAAAGGAGGGGCUUCUGUUUUAUCACGUACACAGAUGAAGAACCAGUAAAGAAGUUACUAGAAAGCAGAUACCAUCAGAUUGGUUCAGGCAAGUGCGAGAUCAAAGUAGCACAGCCCAAAGAGGUAUACAGGCAACAGCAGCAGCAGCAGAAAGGAGGAAAAAGCAAUGCGGCUGGCGGAAGAGGAGGUGGAAGGGGGCGUGGACGGGGUCAGGGACAAAACUGGAAUCAAGGAUUUAAUAACUACUAUGAUCAAGGCUAUGGAAACUACAAUAGCGCUUAUAGUGAUCAAAGCUACAGUGGCUAUGGAGGAUAUGACUAUUCUGGGUACAACUAUCCCAAUUACGGAUAUGGGCCAGGAUACACAGAUUACAGUGGUCAACAAAGCACAUACGGAAAGGCAUCCCGUGGUGGCGGCAAUCACCAAAACAACUACCAGCCGUACUAAAGCAGGACCUAGUACUUGAGGAAACAGCGGGAACUUCAUUGCAGGCCGUGUGUCACCCUGACCACGUCUAUCUCUGGGGUCGCACGUUGCAGGCAGAGCGCAAGGCAUACACCAGAAAACGCUGUCCUGUGGUAUGGUCUCUUCCAACUUCAUGUACCAGCGUAAAGAUUAAAGUGGAAAACUUCAGACUUUGGCUUCUUUUUUUAAUCUUUUUGGACAUUAAGUGUCUUAACUUAAAUGGUUUUUUACAGGAGUUAAAGUACAUAAAUGCCUUUACAGCUUAAUCAUUUGGUCUUCUGUUUAGUGUUGUAUUUCAAUUGUGGAACCUCAUUUUAAGUGUGCAUUCUUUAAGAUUUAAUGCUUGCUUUUUUCUUUUUAUAGCUAAUAGUGAAAUCUGCAAACCAAAACGAACUUUUAAAUCUGGAAAGACAUUAAAGAUCAUAUGCAUGUGGACUGCUUGAACUAAGUUGACCUGACUUGUGUUUGCACAGCAGUUGUUUAGAUGGAUAAACAAAUAAUGGGAAACCCUUUUGGCAGUGUUUCAGUGGGGAAAAAAAAAAACCUGAUCCAGAGCCUGAUAAAUCAGAUGUGUGUUGUUCUGGAACAGCUUCCUAAAUGGGCUGAAAGGCUAUAUUUGGGAAGAGAAAUUACUGAUGGGUAACAAAACCUCUUUGUGUUACCUUAAUAAAUAUGCAUAUGAUCUUUAACAGUGAAGAAAGGAAUAUAUAGAAGACUUAAAGCAGUUCAUGAAAAUGGACCUUUUAACGAUUCUUGUAGUAACUUGCACAGAUCUGACAUACAUUUUGUCUUGAUUUUUAGGUAGAGAUACUGCAACAAAGCCAUCUUGCAGCGCAUCGUGAGUGAAUGGAGGGUGGUCUUCAUGAGAGGAAAUGACUGUUUUGUAAAAGACUUUUAGUGUAUGACACAACUGUGUCCAACUGUACAUAGCGGCCGACUAGUUUUCUUUUAUGGUUUUUACUUUCUUUUUGCCAUUCAUGUUAUGACCCAAUGUGGACUUGUGUUUAUACAAACUUUAUAAUUUCAUGUUAAAGGAUUCUCUAAUAAAUGCUUACUUAAGUGAA